UUAAGACCCCGGAACCGUAGUGCAACACUUUUUCCUCAGCAGGAAGAGGGGCGGGCCGAUGGAGCAUGUGCACUCGGGAGCAGGCGCAUGCGCAAUGACCAGUCGCCGGCGUCUCGUGUUUCCUUUCGCGCGUAGCGGAGUCCUGUGGUAUUUUGGACCCCGCUGUGUCUGCGCCUGCGCCUGCGCCGAAGGCUCCUUAUUCUCCACCUCCACACCCCCUCCCUUCCCCCACGCGGCAGGCGCCCCUCCCCCAUUCAUUCCCUGUCUGCCCCCCUCCCCCCACCCUCUCUCUAGACCUUCCCCCUGGCGGGGGUUCGGGAGCGGGACCAUGUUCACCAGCACCGGAUCGAGUGGGCUCUAUAAGGCACCUUUGUCGAAGAGCCUUUUACUAGUACCGAGCGCCCUUUCGAUUUUACUGGCACUGCUUUUUCAACAUUAUCAGAAUUUCUUUGUAUAUAACCUACAAGCUGUAAAGAAUGACUUGCAGAUAUGGCGAUUGAUAUGUGGAAGAAUAAUUUGCCUUGAUUUGAAAGAUACAUUUUGUAGUAGUCUACUCAUAUAUAACUUUAGAAUAUUUGAAAGAAGAUAUGGCAGCAGAAAAUUUGCAUCUUUUUUAUUGGGUUCCUGGAUUUUGUCAGCUUUGUUUGACUUGAUCCUUGUGGAAGCUAUUCAGUAUUCAUUUGGUAUCACAGCCAGUAACUUGCCUUCUGGUUUUCUCGGGCCUGUAUUUGCUCUAUUUGUACCAUUUUACUGCUCCAUUCCAAGAGUUCAAGUGACACAAUUUCUGGGCCAGUUUUCCAUCACAAACAAGACAUUGAUUUAUAUAUUGGGACUACAGCUUUUAACUUCUGGUACCUACAUUUGGGUUGUAGCCACAAGUGGUCUGAUUGCUGGUAUGUGUUAUACCAAUAGUGUGUUAAAAGUUCAUCAGGUUCUUUGCAUACCUCGCUGGAUGGCAAAGUUGUUUUCCUGGACACUUGAACCCAUCUUCUCUUCUUCGGAACCAACCAAUGAAGUCAGAAUUGGAAUGGGAGCAACAGUAGACAUUCAGAGGCAGCAAAGAAUGGAAUUGCUUGAUCGUCAGCUAAUGUUAUCUCAGUUUGCACACAUGAGGCGACAACAACAGCAGCAGGGUAGGAGGAUUAAUUGGAAUCGAUUUUUUCCUCAUAUACGGCAGAGACGGAAUGCAAAUGUUCGAGCUUUUCGACUGUCUGAACAAGAAGUAGCAGCACCUCCUCUUGAGGUUUCUGAGGAGCAGGUUGCCCGACUCAUGGAGAUGGGAUUUUCCAGGGUGGAUGCUUUGGAGGCCCUGAGAGCUUCAAAUAAUGACCUUAAUGUAGCUACCAACUUCCUACUGCAGCAUUGAUGAGCUGAGGAAUUUCACUGACAUGGCUCUUGCCAUCUGAGGCACAAGCAACAUCCAUCUGCCUCCUGGAUGACAUUGAAAAGUCUUUACCAAAUGAAUCUAAGGCAACAAAGCUGUGUCUACAAAAACUAAAUUAUAAUGUUGGGUAGAGGGGUAGGUACACCCUGUUGCUCCGAUACCCUUAAACCCCAAGGUUGUCAUGGUUAUAUCCAAAAAUAAUUCUGCCAUUGAAUUAGCUGGCAUGUUCUUUUUUAUCUUCAUUCUGAAAAAAAUGGGUCUUUUUCUUAAUUUUGGGAAUCAACAGUAACAAAUUUGUUACAGUAUAUAUAUAUAUAGUGUGUAUAUAUAUAUAUAUAUAUACACACACAUGUAUAUAUAUAUAUAUAUAUAUAUAUAUAUAAAUGAGGAGAGAGUACAAACUUAUACAGCAGCUCAAUACCACUUCAGAGGGGAAAUGGAGACUGUUAUGAGUCAUACUGUUUUUUUAUUAUAGUACCUUAUUCUACAUAAUCUUUUGGUUGCAAUAAUAAUCUUAAAGGAGAAAGGGAGUAAUGUUAUUUCAAUAAGGACAUAUCAGAUUAUUCUUUGUAAAAGUUUUUUUUUUUUUAUUAUUGUAUUAUUUUCCAAAUUUAUUUUUAAACCUAAAGGGCUAUUUAGGCCGUUCCAGGUAUCACUUGGAUACCAGAAGUAUGAUUUAUAUUUCUAUUAUAAAUUAUAUUAACUAAGGACUAACUAGGGGAGAGUGGAAGCACUGAGUCAUACACUCCUCAUUAUUACCAACCCAGGGCAAAUUUUCUAGGCCUUUUUCCCCGUCUUCCAGUAAAAGCUACUAAUUAAAAGAGCCUAGACUCUCUGAAACAAUGAAAAAGCUCUGGGGGAAAAAAGAUCUAGGGUUAACUCUCCCUUGAAAAUCCAAAGUAGAUCCAUAAUAGGGAAGUGAUUCACACCGCAAAGGAAUGAAAAGUGAGCUAAAAAAAAAACAACCUGACCUCACAGCAUCCAGCCGGGUCCAGCAGGAUCAGAAUGACCUGCAGGACCAUCACAACGGCCUAACUAGAAUCCAGCUGACACGGAAUGGAUUUGUGAAUAGCCUGUCCAUGAUUGUCAGGAAGCGGAGAUGAGGACCUCUAGCCCCUUUUUUGUCUGAGUCUGGGCUGAGUGUCCCUGGCUGCCCCACCAGCAUUAGCCUCUCUAGCAGUGGCACUUCCUGGCAGCCACAGAGCUGGGGUGCUCAACACCCCAAGGGUCACCCAAGGGCAGGGGAGAGGAUGUGGCCAAAAUUUCAGAAUUAGUCAGAGAAGACAGAAAUCAGGAUUGGAAAGGGAUGGAAAAUAGGAGAGGUGGGGAGGACUGAAAAUGAGCUUUACCAAAAACAAAACAAGUGAAAACAAGAGAGAACUGCAACUCUGUUUUCCAUCAGAAAUAUAUCACAUUGAUGCAAGUUUAGGUAUGUGAUGCUCAUAAUAAAAUUUAAAAUGUGUUUUGCCUUUUUAGUAUUUUUCACAUAGGAUUGACUAAAUCUAAAGAAAACUUUCUCUUAGACUUUGAAUGAUGAAAUACAGAUAUGUUUGCCAGGCUACCUGCCUCUCUUUGGAGGAAAAGUUUUAUGGGAGUAAAGGGUUGGAGAAUGCUUUUGUUCACUGAAGCACUAUCAUCUCUGUCCUGAAAGAAGGAAAUUAAUGUGUUACCCAGGCCAGAUUCCAAAGCUCAAUGAGUGUCACUGAAGGGCCUGGGAUCUCAUGAGGUCCAAAGAACUCUGAAUCAGAGUUCCCUGAGCAGCACCUAAUUAGUAAAGUUAUAAGAACAAGUAAAGUGGAGGUCUGAGGCCAAGUCACUAAGUAUAUUCAAAUGUAGAAGGUAUGGAAGUAAUUCAGAUCAAUUGUGCAAGAGGCACACCGUAUUGUACUUCCUUUUAAAAAAAAAAAAGGUAUAAUACG